ACCCUCGCUAUCAAACCCCUUACGAGCCAAGUCUCCCUUGACCCAAGCCUCCAUCAUUAAGGCCACCAUGUACUCAAUGGUUCCCACGGCCUUGCUGGCCCUCGUCUCCCUCGUGGGCACCACCAGCGGCCUUGCCAUCAACCGCGAGGAUUCCCCUUCUCUCAACAUCUCUGUAGGCGGUUCGAUCAACCCCAUUGGCACCCCCAUCAACGGCCUCCCCUCCUCCGGUUCUCCCUCUGCUUCUCCCUCCGGCACCAUCUCUCGUCGCUCCUGCAGGAAGUCCGCCCCCUACGCGGACCCCCAUACCAUCGACCCGCUGAUCUUCGUCGGCGCCGAUGAGCUGUGCAAGGAUCACAAGACCUAUGAAGACGGCGAUUACUACUGCCAGAAGGUCGACCAGGUGAUUUACACCAACGUGGCGAGCACCGGCGAUUACAGGGAAGUCGCCUACAUGAACCAGGAGACGGGUGAAUGCCGCUUUGCGGACGUCAACAGGACGUUCUCUGGGGAUCUGGCACCUUUCAACGAACCCGUGACACUCAUCUUCCGCGGCCCCAUCCACUUGAAGCAACUCGGAGUCUACUACCCCUCCGGUGCCGGUUCCUUCUCCCGUAACCACUACUACAACGCAGCCACCCAAACCUCCCAAGGCCUAACCUUCCUCGGCAACCGCGGCGGCGAAGGCUCCGGCGUCGUAGGCGGCCCCUUCGGCGCCUCUCUCUCCUACAUCAACCCACAAGCCUCCGGCGGCUCUUCCACCCCUCAAAUCCUCGCCAACGAGAUCAUCACCGGCGAGUUCCUGGUAAUGACAGACCAAGACUGCGACUUUGCUUCCUGCGGAUACGUCCGUCCGGGCGCCAUCGCCAAAAAGGGCUUCGCGGGAACCGACCGUUUGUUUCUCUUGGAAUUCAGCAUGCCUCAUACCGGUGGCGACCUGCUGGCCAUUUGGCUUGAGAACGCCCGCGUCCCUUAUACGCAACAAUACGGUGGAUGUUCGUGUUGGGAUUCGGGGUGCGGGGAGUUUGAUAUCUUUGAGAUUUUGCAUGCGGGGUAUGAGAGGGCGGAAACGACUUUUCACUUGGAUCCACCGGCUGGAGACGCGAAUUGGUUCCAGAGACCAAUUAAUCAGAAUGCCCCGUUGAAGAUAGCGGUUUGGUUUGAUCCGGUGGAUGGAGGAACGGCGAGUGUCAAGGUGCUUGGAACGAGUGAUGGGGUGGAGUUUGGUGGGCAGUUGAAUGCCGGCGAGGUGGGAGAGUUGAAGAGGCGCAGUGAUGGUGUGGUCAGUGAGACUGACUACGCUGUUCGUCGUGGUCAAGUUUGAGACGAUGAGACGCACAAUCAGGUGAGUUGACUGCCGCUGGGUUUGGCGAGUAGUAGAAGGCUUGCUGGUG